AAAGCUUGUUGUGAAUUGAGACCAAUUUGCUUCUGCUAUCUAUCGUCUUCUUCCUCCAUUUCAUUAGGUUUUUCACUUUCUCACUCGGAGCUCCGAAUAAAUCCAUAAUCGAAACCGAAUUUCGCAAUCCCUAGGUAGUUUUCGUUCGGACAACUCGCGAAAUCGAAACACAUCGUCGUCGGCUCCGCGUGAUACGUUCUCUGCCUCUGCCUGGAUAUCAAUGUUGGCUACUAGUGCUGUUGCAUCUUUGCCCAAACUACCACCAGUGAGAAGAGGUGGCCACUGCAUUGAAGAGAAUGUUGUUGCUACAUCUAACUCACCAAGAGGAUUACGGAAGAUUAAUAAUUCAAUAUCCCUGAGUUUUACACAGUUUCCAUUUUGUACAAGAACUCAUUCGACUCGGACAGCAACUAUAAUAUGUGCUGCAGCUUUGAAUGCAAGAUGUGCUGCAGAGCAAACUCAAACUGUUACUCGCCAGGCUCCGACAAUUACUCAUAUUCCUGGCAAGGAGAAGUCACCAGAACUCGAUGAUGGUGGCACCGGACUUCCCCCUCGUGAUGAUGGUGAUGGUGGAGGUGGUGGAGGUGGAGGCGGAGGCAACUGGUCUGGUGGAUUCUUCUUUUUUGGGUUUCUUGCUUUUCUUGGCUUCAUAAAGGAUAAGGAAAGCGAAGACACGUAUAGGGAUAACCGAAGAAGGGGCAGAAUUGGCUGAGACAACUGCAUGCUAGUUUAGAAUUUUUGCUGGCGUAUUCUUUUAAAUUUCUUUUCUCAUAUAUACAUACUGGAGAGUAGAUGUUGUGCUUCAUUAAGAUGUCUCCGAACACAAUUUUGUAUUGUUAUGUUACAAAUUAAACUAAAAGGGGAGCGAACUGAAGUAAUGGUAAAGUUGUUCUUUCAUGACUGAAAGAUUAUGAAUUCGAAUUCAGGAAACAGUUUCUUUGUAAUUAUAUAAGGGUAAGGCUGCGUACAAGAAUUAC